AUGUCCUCUGAAACGGGAGUACCGCGGGAGAUCCUCACAUGGAUGCGUGGUCUGCAACUCCCACGCACUGUACGUAACCCGAAACGAGACUUAUCCAAUGGCUUUCUUGUUGCGCUUAUAUGUUCUCGUUAUUGGCCAGAAGUAAGUAUGCACUCCUACGAGGAUAAACUCAGUGAGGCGAACAAGCGUAGUAACUGGGAUAUGCUGCGAAGGGAGUUUGCUCGAAAUAACUGCCCCAUCAGUGAUCGUAUGAUAGAUGGUUUAAUUGCCUGUCGUGAUGACUACGCAAACUCAUUACUUCGACAGUUGUAUACACACUUAACAGGACGCGUUAUUGUGGAGGCCCCACCAUUACCAGCACCAAUGGUAGAAACACCACAAACAUUUAUGACUCAUUCAAACGUUCAAGCUCCAUCUACACUAAGUAUUGAUCUUUCUAGAACAUCUGCGGAUAAUUCUAAUGUUGUGACCUCACGUGUGCGGGAACUACCAGUGCGAAGUAUGGCAGCAUUAAGAGGAGCAGAUCAUGUUUCAGUACCUACAACUACAAAGAAACGUGUUUUUCAAGCUAUUACAGAUGAUAAGAUAAGUUCAGAUCUUGCAGCGUUGGCAAUUGACGAUGGUCAAGGUGAAAAUGGUAAAAAACCACCAAUGGGAUUUUCCGUCUCAUUGCGCCGUUCAGAAGUACAACAAACAGUUGUACGUCCACCUCCAAAACAAGAAAAACGAAAAUCACAAUCUGCAGAUAACAAAGAUCAAAAACAACAGCAACAACAACAACAACAGGUGGAUAGGCCAAGUCUCGGUAUGUAUGUUGCUACACCAGAAGAAGUAAUUGAAUCUCUUGUACGGAAACAAGCGGCUGGACAAGAUUGGCCUUGUGCACGUGAUAAUGCCACAGCCUUCACAAGUUAUUUUCUUCGUGAAGAGGCGACAUUUAGUGCGUUAGUACAGUGCCGUGUGUGGAGUUCACUCUUCUCUAACGUUAAUGAAGUGAUGGAGUCUGUCUUUUAUCAUGGGUUUUCCCUCGCAAAAGUUGCGGAACUUUUCCUUGCGACUCCAUCUUGGAUAUCGCGAGAAGACGAACAACAACAAUCACCACACUCAUCCCAACAAGAACAAAAUCAUUGGAAUCAUCAACAGGGGCGAAGUCGAUUACCUUCCUCUCACUCUUCCUCUGCUAAAGGAGAAAUAUGGAGGAAACAAGCACCGUCAGAGAACUAUUCAAUACCACAACGUUAUGCAUUUGUAGCCUCUUUGCUUACGAGUAUGUCAGAUGCUGAUGCUUUUAUUACCGCAUCAGUUUACUGUGAAGAUAUUUUACCACAUGCGAAGGUUUCCUUAUGUUCUCUUGAAUAUCCAAUCGCUGAUAUUCAUGCAAUACUACUAUGUGCUGCAUUACCUACAGAUAGAAAACUUGCAGCAAAACUUUUACCCGAUUUACUCUCUGCAGUGUAUGAUGCUUUAACAGGAUUGAAUAAUAUUCAUGGAAGAUGUAGUUUUUAUCUUUUAUUACGUUCUCUUUUGAUACGUCUCUCACAUGGGAUGCGUUGCAGUUCUUCACGAUCUCCUUUUAAACGUUCUGGAAGUGUAACCUCUGUUUCUACCCUGAGUGAAGAUGAUGCCCUUACGGCAAGUAUAAUCGCCAUCACGGGGUAUAAUAUUGUGGCUGCUCUUUCACAUGAAUCCCCUACGGUGCGUCUCGUUGGUGCCCAUCUCGCUACUGCUCUUGGCUCCACCAACUGUUGUCCUACAAUGACACUCUUUCAUACGGUGUUACCGCUAUUGCGUGAAAGUAUGAUAGGAACCUCUAUAUUGUUUCAUUGUGUAUGUGCUGCUUGGCUGCGAAUAACAGUCCGGUGUCUUAAUAGUCCAUUAAGUGACACAAUCUCAACCGUAUCAGAAGGUGGGGAAUAUGAGGGAUUACGUACCCGUGCGAUUGAAUGUAUGGUAUCGAUGGUAAAUACUCUUCGUACUACAUUACAGAUGCCAGGAUCAAAAAAGAUGAAAAUACACAUUGCCGAACAAUUAGCACUUUGUCUAGAUGAAUUCUCAAGCACAAGUGAGAUGCGACAACUCUUUAAUGCAGAUGAACUCGCUGUUUCUAUCCUUACAACUCUUAAAACAGUACCAGAGGGAGGUGCGACAAUGUUUUUAUCAUCUCCACCUUCUGAAGAUGGACGAUCACGCAGUCAAUUAGGACGAUUAGGACGUUCACGCCAAUCUUCAUGCCUCUACAGUCCACUGCUUGGUCCAUUGCAAGUUAAUGGUUCACUACGGGAUUGUUAUCCACUUGCUCUUGCAGAAGCAGUGAUUGUAGUAUUUCCCCCUAACGAGGGAUUCUUAUCCACUAAUGUAAGUGAUAAGGCCAACAAUAAAAGGAAUAGCAGCGGUCUCUCUGCGAACACUGCUACUACUUCACCUACAGCAGAUAAUGUCUCAACCCGACAAAUCAUGGCGAAGGCUACAGCACUUUUACGUAAACGUGUAGUACCAGAAGAAACGGUUCAACGUGUAAAGUGGAUGUAUAGAAUUAUUGUUUCUAGUAGAGGCGAUUCUGAAUUUCCAGAACGACCCGUAUCUCUUACAGCAGAGGCCGCAGCCAUGCGGUGGAGUGUUGUUAUGCAGCAUAUGUAUCUUGAAAUUGCCGUCUUAGCUGCAGCGGCGGAAAUGAUAUUUUCACAAAAAGAUGCAAUGGCGGACACAGCAGCGAACAUGAUUGCACAAAUAGCAGGAAUGGCUCAACAGGUGGUAUUGCGAUGGUAUACAGAACUGCAUAGAGAUGGCCACACAUUACUUCAAUCAACUUCUAAUGCUAAUGGUAAUGCAGUUAGAAGAGCAUCCGCGACAACUCUUAACUUGCAAGAACGAUUAGCAGAUGCGAUGUUGUGGUAUCAUAAAUCUUUUGGUGGACCAGCAGGACAAGAGCAAGGCCAACAACAAGACAAGCAACGAUCCAAUAGUAUAUCUCAUCGUGGAGCCGGCAGGAAAAUGUCGUAG